AUGGCUAUAGAACAAAAUAAGCCAAGUAUUAAUACAUCAAAUCUUAAUAAUCUAAAAAAAAGUAACUUAAUCAAUGCUAUAGAUAAUCAAAACUCUACCUUUAAGAAAAACACAACUAGUAUUCUUAUUUCAAAACAUGACAUAAUGAUAGAAUUAUUAAAUUGCAAUAAAGAAAACAAAACUAAAAAAAAAGAAUUUAUUUUGGUCAUUUUUAAAAAGAACAACCAAAAAAGAAACAAAAAGAAAGCCUUUACAACAAGUAACAAAAUUAACAAAAGUAAAACAGAAAAUGCUUAA